AACGUGAUUUGCUGAAGUCAUGUGUGUCGGGUCAAGGUUACUACAGGCAGAUUGUUCAUUGUGGAAAUAACGAGUGACAUCGCGUAAUUUCUGUAAUUAGCGAUAUGAAAUUGUUUACCGAAGGCAAAUAUAAUCAAAUAUGACAGAUGGUGAUUCUGAUUAUGAAGAUUUGCCUUCUCCUGACAUUGAAUGUGAUGAAAUCGAUGGAGCAGGACAUGGAGAAGGUCCUACUGAGCUUAGAUUUUCAAAAAUCCAUGAUCCACCUUUGGGCUUCAAGGAUCCUUUUCUCAGGAUGCUAAUACCUGGUUGCGCUAUCAAUGUUAAAAUUGUGGAUAUUGAACGUAGCCCUGCAACACAUAUAAUCAAUCCAAAUUUGUAUGUUUUACAGCUUCAGCAUGGACCUUACGAAUGGACUGUCAGAAAACGCUACAAACAUUUUCAGCAUUUGCAUCAACAACUUCGACUUUUCCGAGCUGCUCUUUCGAUUCCUAUUCCUACAAAAAGGCACAAAGCACGACGGAAAAGUUGCCGAAAUAUAGAAAGACGCCGUCUUCCCAGAUUUCCAAAAAGACCGGAUGCUUUAUUAACUCAUGAUAAAAUUGAAUAUCGUGCACAACAACUAGAAGAAUAUUUGAAAAAUGUGCUCAGAAUACCAUUAUAUAGAAAUCAUCAUGAAAUGAUGGACUUUUUGGAAAUCUGCCCUUUAUCUUUUAUAAGUGGCUUAGGAGCAAAACGAAAAGAAGGUGUAAUUCAGAAACGUUCUGGCGGCCAUCGAACAUCAGUGGGAUGUUUUCGUCUUAGAAGAGGUUUAAUAGAUUGGUGUGGUAGAUGGAGAUGGAGGUGGCUGAUUAUUAAAGAUUCUUGGAUAGGAUAUAUGAAACCCAAAGAUGGUCGUGUGAGGUGCAUUUUAUUGAUGGAUCAAGGGUUUAAAGUUGACUGUGGUUUUGUUGCCACUGGCAUACAUCAUGGGCUUCAAAUCUCUAACCUUACUAGACGUUUACUGGUGAGAUGCUGGACGAGAAGGAAAGCAAGAGAAUGGACAGAAUGCUUGGCCGAUACAGCUAAAACGACAGGUCGAGAUUUUACGCAGCCAAAUCGUUAUGGAGCUUUUGCUCCUGUUAGGACUAACAAUGAAUGUAGAUGGUUUGUUGAUGGAGCGACUUAUUUUGAAGCAGUUGCUGAUGCAUUAGAAAAGGCAAAAGAGGAGAUUUUUAUAGCUGACUGGUGGUUAAGUCCUGAAUUGUAUAUGAAACGUCCUGUCAUUCAAGGAGAAAUUUGGCGGUUGGAUCAUAUUCUUAGACGAAAAGCACAACAAGGAGUUAAAGUUUUUGUUCUGUUAUAUAAAGAAGUUGAAUUGGCUCUUGUGAUUAAUAGCUUAUAUAGUAAACAACAGCUUGUACAAAUGCAUCCAAAUAUCAAGGUAUUACGCCAUCCUGAUCAUGUUACAAAUGGAACUCUGCUGUGGGCACACCAUGAAAAAAUAGUUUGUGUUGAUCAGACUUAUGCUUUUAUUGGUGGUCUUGACCUUUGCUAUGGAAGAUGGGAUGAUUAUCAACACAGGUUGACUGAUCUUGGAGGUGUUGGUAAGAAACUAAGUCAAGUAACUCUGACUGCUGAUAUGAAGUCAUCUCCAUUACUUAAAGGUCCUACAGAAUUAUGCAGGUCUCACUCCUUAUCAGAUAUAGCAUCAGAACUUGGUACUAAUUUGCAAAGUGAGCCUUGGAAAUUUGUCCGUCUUUCUCUCCUUCCCCAGCCAGCUCCCUUUUUUACUGCAGACAAAAGUAGUGGUGAUUUACUCAGAAGUUGUGAUGCAGUUCAAAUCAACAUAGAGAGCCCAACUCCAUCAUCAUCCCAAAUUUUAACACCAUCAUCAGAAGCAAAGAAUAUCUCCACCGAUUCAGAAUAUCCUCAUCUGAAAGUGAUGGAUAAUGAUAAUGUGCUAAAAAGAGAUUCACAUCCAGAAAACUUAAAGCAAAGCGGGUUAUGCAAGCUGUUGUUCGUUUACAGGGGACUGAAAAAGCAAUCUUUUAAUAAAUCGAUGGAUUCUUUAAAUACCAGUUUGGAUAAUCUGGAUAUACCUGAUAUAGCUAUGCGAAAAACAAGCAGCGAAAUUGCUCUGAAUGAAUUAGGAUUGCAAGGAAGUCCAAAGUUGUGGAUUGGUAAAGAUUACAUCAAUUUCAUUGUUAAAGAUUUUGAGCAUUUGCACAAGCCUUAUCAGGAUUUGAUUGAUAGAUACGCUACUCCUCGAAUGCCAUGGCAUGAUAUUGGACUUUAUGUACAGGGUGCUGCUGCAAGAGAUGUGGCUCGACACUUCAUUCAAAGAUGGAAUUUUACUAAGUUUGAAAAAGCAAAAUAUUACGACACAUAUCCAUGGCUUCUACCUAAGUCUUAUGAAGGUUGUGAGAGUGUUCCACCUUUACACACCAGUGCUACCAACAAGCUGUUCUGUGCCAACUGCCAGGUGUUACGAAGUGUAAGCACAUGGUCUGCUGGCAUCAAAACCAUGGAACAGUCUAUACAUGAUGCAUAUGUUUCUGUUAUUGAUAAUUCUAAACAUUAUAUAUAUAUUGAGAAUCAGUUUUUUAUUAGCCAAGCUGCUGGGCAUAAGGAUGUUUCAAAUGGAAUUGGUGAAGCACUUUUCAGACGUAUUGUGAAAGCACACAAAGAAAGAGAGACCUUCCGUGUGUAUGUUGUGAUGCCUUUAUUGCCUGCUUUUGAAGGUGAGAUUGGAACAGGUACAGGCACAGCUAUUCAGGCUAUAACCCAUUGGAAUUAUGCUUCUAUAUGUAGAGGACCUGAUUCACUGUAUCAAAGGCUAAUAAAAGAAGUGGGAGAUCCCAAUGCAUAUAUAACUUUUUAUGGUUUAAGGACCCAUGGUGUAUUGAGUGAAAAAAUUGUUACUGAACUUGUCUAUGUUCACAGUAAGUUGCUGAUAGCUGAUGAUAGAGUGGUUAUCGUUGGGUCUGCAAAUAUCAAUGAUAGGAGCUUGUUAGGAAAUAGAGAUAGUGAAAUUUGCAUGGUUGUUGAAGAUGUUGAUUUUGAGAAAACUGUAAUGAAUGGAAAAUCAUAUGAAGCUGGUAAAUUUGCUUGCAGUUUAAGAAGAACAAUUUUUAGAGAACACUUAGGAUUGUUAGAUAAAGCCAAUCAGUCCAUUGAUAUUCGAGAUCCUGUUAUUGAGUCUUUUUACAAGGAAGUGUGGGUUAAAACUGCUGCAUUAAAUACAUCCAUAUAUGAAAAAGUUUUUCGUUGCAUUCCAACUGAUGAGGUGCGCUGUUUUUCUGAGCUGAAAGAGUAUUUGUUAAAACCAGGUAUGUCUGUAACAGAUCCAGAAUCUGCAUCUAAACUGCUCAGCAAUGUUCAAGGGCAUUUAGUCUUGCUGCCAUUUUUCUUUUUGUGUAAUGAAAACUUAACACCUCCACCUGGCACUAAGGAAUCUCUUAUGCCUGUUUCUUUAUGGACAUAAUUUUCAUGUUGUGUUUUUUUUUUUAUGGGUAUAAGUAUAAUGUUGGGUAUAUUUGCGUCUUAAUAGUCUUUAUUUCAUGUUUUAUUUUUGUUAUUAAAAGCAUUUUUCACUUACUAUUUUUCUUCUUCUGGAGGUUAUCUGUAAAUGUGAAGCUGUAUUUUUGAAUUAUGUGCAUUUUUUUUUAUUUUUGUUGAAUUUCAGUUCAUUAAUCUGCUUUAUCAUGAUAAAAUAUAUACCAUAUUUACUCGCAUAUUUCUCCUUUUCACGUAUUCCCUCCUAAUUCUUUCAACAUAUGAUUUUGAAAUUUCUGAUUUAUGGUAACAAUGAAAAAUGUAUGCACAUACAGGAAGCUAUUUCAUGUGAGUAAAAGAAUAUUCUUCAAAUUGAUAAAUCUUUUGAAAUAUAUAAUAUAAUAAUAAAAAUGGUGUAUUUUUAUGUGUGUUGUCUAAUGUACUGUGUUUAUCAUUUAAGCCAUCUGUUUAGAAAUAGUAUACACGACAUACUUUUCUCCUUCUGGUUUUCGGGUGGUAAAACUAGUAGGAAAAAGGCAAGAAAUAUGCGAGUAACUAUCAUAUAGCUUCAUUUUUAUGCCCAGAAAGGAAUGUUUUAGUAAAUCCUAGAUUUAGAUUUGUAUCAGAAACUGUCAAAUUUUGUUCAAAUAUCAAAUGCAAAAAAGUUCAGAGCUUUGUACAAAAAAAAGAAUGUAACAUAAAUUUUGUAACUAUGUAUAAUUUUAGUAUGUAAUUUUUAAAUACGUAACUAGUUUGUUCAACUGUAGUUUUGCAUCUCAGAGACUUCUUCCAUUGUAAUUCCAACUGCAUGGUGCUCAAUCAUACAUAAAGGUUAUCUUUCAUCAAACCACAUUGCCCAUACUAUUUGUGUUCCCUGUUCUAUAAGGAAAGAGUAGCAAGAAUAAAAUAUGUAAUGCAUUUUGAUUAAAAUAUUUUAAUAAACAUUUUAUUUGAUUUAGAUGCAUUUAAAAAUUUUUACAAGCAGUUAAAUGUAAGAUUAAAAGUUAAUUAAUUUUAUUUAUCCGUAUCAAAAGGAAUAGCAAUGGUUAGGAAUGUAGCUCUUAAAUUCUCUUUGCCAAGUUGCAAAUACUUAAUAGAGUUUUUGAAAAAUCAAACAAUUUCCUCUAAAUUAUUUUUAUUAUAUGUAGGGUUUGUAUAACAUAAUAUAUAAUUUUAUAUACAGAAUUUAAAGGUUCAUAAUAUUCUUCAUAAAGCUUUUUUUCAUUGGAAUGGCUAAUAACUUUUUAAUGGUUAGGAGUAGCAAUGAUUGAUGUGGUACUUACUCCCUGCAAUUUUUUUUAAAUCUUUGUUAUUAAAAUUUUAUUACUGUUUUUAAAUAAACAGUAAUUAGUUAUAUGGCCAUAUAGCAAAUAAAAGUGUUCCUCAAUGUAAAAUAAUUUUUUGAUGUGGGCCACUGUUUGUAUGCUGUUUGAAAAUAUGUAAAAUAAUGUUUAAAUUUUUGCAAUGAAUUUAUUAAAGAGCAUUGCUAAUUAGACUAAAUAUUAUUUCUAACAGGUAAUAGGUAUGAUAAAUCUAAUGAUUGUGUUUCAUAUUGUUUUUCAUAUAAAAGCCUGGAGAUGUUUGAACAAUAAUGCACUAUUUCAUAAUUCAAAACAUUCUAACUUGAGAUCAGGCAGUAAAGAAAGAAUUCCUUGAAGUAUAUAUUUAAUCUCCCUUCCUUUAUUUAUUUUAUUUUAACGGAAGGUUUAAGACCUAGGUUUAUUCAGCAUAUAUGUUAGAAAACAGUGUGAAUAUCUGAGAAUUAGUUUCAGCUCAAAUUCUUGUUAACUGCAAGAAGGUGAAGAUUAUUAAUUUCUGUGAAUUAUGCUUUUCUUUGAAAUCUAAAUUUAUUAUGUAAUUCUAGAUAGUUUUAAUGUGAAAUACUCAUUUUCGGGGAAAAACAGUUCUUUAAAAAUUACUUUCUCUUUUAAUAUAUAAAAAUUUAUAAAUAAAAAUUUAUUUUAUUUUUAUUUCAAAGUAAUAAAAAUCAUAAAUACUUAAACUGUUCCAGCCUGCAUUAAUUUCACCUAUCAUUGUAUGUGAAAAUAGAAACUGUGUAUGACAUUGCCAGAAUGUUUAAAAACGUGAAUUCAAACCCAGGCUUGCUAAAAAUAUUUUUUAAAUUCUGUUUGGAGAAUUGUAGUUAAUUUUGAGCAAGCCAAGUUUCAAAUUAAAAAAUCAAAUUGUUUGAGGGGCAAUAUUGGUUUCAGAACCCUAAAUUUAAGAGGCUUCACUUAAAAAUUUUGUAAUUAAAAAGAUAAAUAAAUAAAAUAUUAAAAAUAUCCUUUCAAGGUUCCUUUUUAAUUAUUUUUACAAAAAUUUGACUUGCAACUUAAACAAUAGUUUAUUUUUAAAAGUAUAUCUUUUUUGGCAUGUUUUUUGAUUAAAUCCUACACCAAAUUUGUCUUCCACUAAAAAUGAAAUGUUCUGCACUAAUUAAACAUUGCUUUAUUAUGCAGUUCUCUGUAUAUAGCCUUAAUUACAUUCCAUAAUUUAGAGUUUUAUUUUGGAUCUAAAUACGUGAUGUAGAACAAAAUCAUCAUUCGAUACUGGAAAAGUCUCUGGAUAUUUGCAAGUUUGGACUAAUCAAAUAAUGUACUUAAUCCUGUUCCUCAAGAGUGAUUUUAUAUAAGAUAUGUUUAUAUAACAUGUAAAUAAUAAUUGCAUUUUAAAGCGCACACAUGGCAAAUAGUACUGACUAUAUAUACAUAUGUAUGCAUCUUGAUAUUUUAAUCUUCAACUUCAUAAAAAAUUUUAAACUGUGAAGUAAGUUUUGGUAAUACACUAAAAUGUUUAAUUAAAUUAAUUAAAGCUACUUUUGGGAUAAAUGUUUACAAUCCUGUUUUGCCAUGCUAAGAAGUCUUGUCACUUAACUUUACAUAUUCGUUAUUUAUACAAUCAUCCAUACACUUUUACAAAUGUUCCAUUGUAAGAAUGUUUUUUUGUUUCACAAAUUGUGAAGAAAUGAUAUACAAAUACUAUUUUUUUAAAAUAUCGCAACAAUUAGAGGAAACUUUUAUAAAAGAAGAAAAAUGUUAAAUAUUUUUUUUUUCACAUAUGUCUGUGAAACAUUCGUUAUAUUUAACUUUCUGAACAUGUUAUUAUUCUAAUUUGGCAUAUCUUACGUAUGUAAAGGAGAAGUCAGAUUAUUUGAGGUAUGCUAGGUGCUAAUUUUUUUUAUGAUAAGGGGCAAAUUUUUAUGGUUCUGUAAAUUUUUAAAAUUUGAAUGAGAGAAGAAUUUAAAUUUCACUCUAUUUUGCAGUUUGAUGACAAAUUUCUUAGCACAGCUGUAUUGAAAAAUGCUUAUUGAAUCUUUUCAUAACUAUAUUGGAUGACAUACAAAAUCUUUGCCUUUCUAAAAAAUUUUAACCUACAAAUUUUACAUAAUUUUUUGGCCUAAUUAUAAUUUGCAGUAAGUUUUUCUCAUAUUAUGAUCUUCAAAAUUUAAGCAAUUUUUUAAUAAUGCUAAAUUUCAAUUUUUAUUCAAGCAUUAUGUUUAAAAAGUAAUAUAUUUAUUAAUCCUUUAAGGUGCUGUUAAAAUAUGUUUUUACAACUGAUUUAUAAUUUCAGUAUCACAGCCAGCUAUGACAUAAGAUGAAUAUAAGCAUGUACAUUUUUAGAUAUAUUUCUUUAUUUAUAAAUUAUAUUUAUGUAUAAUUUUCUUACUAUUCUGUAAACUUUCAAACAUUUGGAGCAUUUACAUAAGUUUAGCUAUAAAUAUUUGUUUUUCUCCUGCAAUAAACGGAUUUGUUCUUGUCGUUGUAGAAAAAAUUGGCAGGAAUGUAAAAUUGUCAUAUUUUUGUAUAGUUUCCUUUAUAUUGUGCAUUAAUUAUUUAAUUUUUCUAAAGUUUAGAAUUAAAAAAAAAGAAAAUGUAAUUUUGUUAAACCUUUUUUUAACUAAAACAUCUUUAAGUAUAGUAUGCCGUGUCUUUUUUUAAGUUCAGAAUUCAAAAGUUAAAAGUUUCGAAUGAGGCAUACCCUGGAUCUGACUUCUAAUUUCAUAAUAAACAUUCAUAUUUUGUAAAUGCAAAAGAUUCCUGUAUACCAUAAUGAUAUAUUUGAAGAUCCUUGUGAUAUAUGAUGAUGUUUUUCAUUUAAUUGUAUAUUUAGGAUUUGGUGAAAAAAUUAUAUGGUGCUUACUUUUUCUUUAAAUGUUAUUCACAUUAUUCUGAAACUACAAAUCUGCGGAUCGAGAGAUAAGCAUUUGAGGAGAAAACUAUAAGGAAUAUGAGGAAUAAUAUUUAAGGGAAACUGAGUUAUGAAUUUUACAUCAUAAUUCACAUUUUAAAAUUAAUAUACAUUUUUUCUAUUUUGGCACAAUUAUAGCUAUUGAAAAAGAAGUGGCAAGAGUAAAAAAAAAAAUGCAGAUUCUUGGUUUGGAAUUGCUGAUAAUAAUAUACAUAUGUGAGUGAGAAAUUGUAUCAUUUGUUAAUGUUAGAGAUUUAAAAGAAAACAAGCACAAAAAAUACUUUUAUAAAGAAAUAUUGCAUAGUUGUAUAAACAUUUUUUUUGUUUUAUUAUUUCUUGCAAUUAAUAAAUUUCAUUAAAAACAUAAAUUAUUUUAUAUUACUCUAAAAGUAUGUAAGAAUCUCAUUUUUAUAAUUGGGGUAUUUAUUCCUUAUUUCAUUUCAUAAGUAUACAUAAUUUCAUCUUUUUCUGAAAAAUAUUUCUAAUAUUUAGCAAUAAAUAUGUGCGUAAUACACAUAUUCAACUUUAAACCUAAACUUAUAUACAGAUAUAUAUGUUCAGUGUGGAUGAAUAACCUUUAUUAAGAUCUUAUUUUAUAACAGUGUACUUUUUACAAUAUUAUUAGAUUAUGUUGAAUAGUCAUUUUAAAUACUAAACUGUACUAACAUGUAUUCCAUUAUUUUCAAAAUGUAACACAGGCAGCUAAUAGAAGAAUAAUUUUUAUUUGUAGUGCUUGUGGAUGUAUUAAAUGAAAAGUUUUAUAAAUAUCUGUUUACUGUUCUUAUUAACAACAUAUAUUUCACUUAAAAUUAGCCUGUGUAUAUAUAUGAUUAAAUACACUUAACAAACACUCUUAAGUUUCUUAUGUACAUUCUUGCCAAUGUUUUGGUUUUGCUGUUUGUUUUAUGCUCUGUAUUUGAUAGUUUAUUUCAGUUUUCUUUAUUGCUAAUGUAUUUCUAGUCUAACUCGUACUCUAGUCUGUAUCCUCACUUAAGAUUAAAACUCCACAGAGGGUUGUUGUACUUACUUUUUUUCCCCUCUUUCUUUGGUUUUUGUAUACUUCUGUCCUUGUUUAUAUGUAUGAAAUUGAAAGUAUUCAGCCAUAAUAUGUAAAAGUAAUGUACAAGCCAUACUUCUAGAGGUGAAAAAGAUGUAUUAUGUAUCAUUCAGAAACUGAUAAAAUACAACUGUGUAUCAGUAUUUAAAUGUUAUUUUUUGUCCACUGGGGGAAAUUUGUUUCCAUUAAACUCUUUUUAUUAGAACAUUAAUUUAAUAAAAAGGGAAACGAAAAUAGGUUUCCAUAAAUUAAGAAGUUUGCCAAGUGGAUUAUUCUUGGCGUUAACUGGAAAAAAAAAAAAAAAAAAAAAAA